ACAGCCACGAAUAUCAGUCCUUGCCAUCAACGCUGAUGUCCACUGCGCCUCUGACCCCCGCCGACAUCGAAAUCGCUACGCGUGCCGCGGACAACUUCACCCGCAUCUACUACAAGGCCUAUGACUCCGCCUCGCGUCUGAGCGAGCUGCCCAAGUUCUACCGGCCCACUUCCGCCCUCACCUGGAACGGCACCCCCUUCCAGGGCGCCACCGGUCUCACGACGCUCGUGGAGAACAUGCCCCCGACAAGGCACGAAAUACAGUCGUUUGACUGCCACCCCAUCCCUGGAACGACCCCUGCUUCUCUGCUGAUCGUCGUGUCUGGGAAUGUCACGCAUGGUCUUGGACCCUCGGGCAAUCCACCUGGAACGGCUGCGAAGAACAAGGAGGGGCAUCCGAGAGUGUUCUCCCAGACAUUCAUGCUCGUUCCCGACUCGGCAGCUCCUCCGUCCAAACCGGGAGAGCUCGCCAAGUACUUCAUUAGCGCUGAUGCUCUGCGUUUCGUUGGUUGAAUUUGCUCACUGUCUAUAAUUCUCAUGUAAUCUCAUUGCCACUCCGGUUCAAUUGAAACUGUACUAUUCGUCAUCAGGGUCGUUGACGAUGACUAUGAUAUGUUC